AUGCUUGGUGAAAUAUCACAUGGACCCCUAGAUGAAACCCUCAUUCAUUCAAUUGAAGACAGAAUUAAGUUAGGAAAAGGAGCAAAGGAUUCAUUAGAUAAGACAAAGUUGGAAUUUUUAAUUUUUGAUAAAAAAUAUUUACCAAUGUUCAGAAUAAGAAGAUUAGCAAUUAUUGAAAUCCCCUUUAAAAAGGGAUCAGAUUUAUUAGAAUUAAUUAAAGUUGUGCACACCUUUAAAAGUCUUAUAGAGGAAACUGUAGUAAAUAUGAAAUUUUUUAAAAAAGCAAAAAAAUAUACUAAUUAUGUUAUUAAUGAUGAUAAUAAAGACGAAGAGAGUGAGGAUGAUGAAGGAAGUGAAAAUUAUGAAAGUGAAGAUAAUGGAAGUAAUGAUGAAAGAAGAGAAGAUUCUGAAGAUAAUGAAAGUAAAGAAGAUAAAAAAAUGAACAUGAAGAAUUAG